AUGGCCGUCACGAAAGCGAGAAAAGCAGUCAAGAGAUCAACUUGCGCCACCGCCGACGCUGGAGCCGGAGCCGGAGCCAGCAGCUCCAUGUCCAUGGCGCCUCCGCCCGGUCCCGGCGGGUUGAACGAGCUCCAGCAGCCGCCGCUGCUGCCUCCCGGCGUCUACUUCAACCCGACCAAAGCGGACAGGAUGGGGUUCCUCAACCGGUGGAUCGCCGGCGACGACAAGAUGCCCGACGCGCGGGGGUUCAUCCUCCACGCCGACAUGUAUGACAACGACCCCUACGCGCUGCAGCGGCUGCACCGGCCGGCCAGCGCCCGCGAGGGCAAGUUCAGGAUUGGGACCCGUCGCCACUUACAUCCUGAGGGCAAGUACACGUGGUGGUUCCUCGGCGAGAGCAAGUUCCAGAGCCCGUGCGGCGCGACAGAGAACAAGCGCGCCGACCGCAGCGUCCGGACCGGCGGGUUCUGGCGGGUGGAGCAGAGCAAGGAGGAGCUUCGCGAAGAGGGCGGGCGCAAGAACUGCUUCGGGUUCUACUGCGUCCCGAUGAAGCGCAAGACGCCGUGGCUCAUGCAGGAGUUCACCAGCGACAGGGACAGGGGCGACGGCAGGAGGGGCGUGCCCGCGCUCCACAAGCUCUACGUCACACCGCGCGCCACCAAUGAGGGCCGGAGGGAAGUCUACGGGGAGGACGACCUGACGGCGAGGAACAAGAAGCCUGUCCCGGCAGACUAUUUCGCCGCCGCCGCCGCGCUGAUGCCGCCGGGGAGUGUCCGUGGUCUCCGGCAAGAACACGUUGAGCCGCCACGGCCACAGGCGUCGGAGCUGCUGCCUUCGCCCCCGCCCCUUCUUGAUUACGGCGACGACGACGAUGGCCAAUACUUCAUGGAUGACAUAAUGUCGUCGGUGGGUCCUCUUCACUACGACGAUGGCGAGAAGGGGCAGAACUCCAUGGGGCCAGCCAACGUUCUUGGUCAGUACCAGCACCAGCAAGAUGAGGACGGGCCUGAGGAUAAUUUCAGCAUCUCAAUGAACCAACUCAUGAGAAUACUUGACAAGCCAGCGGAGACGACGGUCGAGGGGGGAGAAUCGGCGUGGGACUCGUUGCCGGAUAUCGUUGAUCAUGAUGAGUUCGUGAAAUUCAACAAGGAUGCUUAG